GAUGUCGUCGUUAUGACUAACCCAAACGAGAUCGACCCAGAAAAUAUCAAAGAUAUCCUCGAGAAUGAAGAUAGCAGGUUCAUCAGACGUCCAUCUCGCCUUAUAAAUCGUUCAUACACAGUUCUUGAAUACUGCCUUCCUGGCUAUCAAACGCUCGGCCGCAAACUCAAGGUCGACAUUCUUGUUUCGGGUUGGGGCAACUUGGAUAUCCCUCGUAUCUCAUGGAGAAAACUUAUCGACAUUGAUGAUAUACCCGUCAUGCCUAUUCUCCCUCUUCUCUUUCUGAAAAUGCAAGGUUGGGAUGCGCAUCGUAUGUCUCCACGUAGGGAUUUUCAGGCGAAGGAAGAAGGCGAUAUCCAGGACGUGGAGCAGCUACUAAAUAUCGCUUGUGAGCAGGGU